UUUUCAUACACUGCUGCACUCAGGAAACUGUGUUCUGUUACAGCUGCAGCCGACUCCGCCAGGUUCAGAACAUCAUGACACAGAGCAGCAAGUCACAGCCUGAUGGGAUUCUCUGCAUCCUAGGAAUUGACAGCAGGUAUAACGAAGGUUGCAGAGAGCUGGCAAAUUACCUUCUAUUUGGUUUAUACAGUCAGAAUACCACUGAUUUUGAGAAAACAGGAUUUUCUGAAGAAAUUCUAGAUGAUGUGAUUAUAUUGAUUAAAUCGGAUAGUGUUCAUCUAUAUUGUAAUCCUGUCAACUACCAAUACCUUCUGCCUUAUGUAGCACAUUGGAGAAACCUACAUUUCCACUGCAUGACCGAAAAUGAGUAUGAAGAUGAGGAAGCAGCAGAAGAAUUUAAGAUCUCCAGCUUUGUGGACAUGGUUCGAGACUGCAGUAGAAUUGGUAUUCCUUACAGCUCCCAAGGUCACUUACAGAUAUUUGAUAUGUUUGUGGUGGAGAAGUGGCCAAUUGUACAGGCCUUUGCACUCGAAGGCAUUGGCGGAGAUGGAUUUUUUACCAUGAAAUACCAGUUGCAGGAUGUGAGUUUGAGUCUAUGGAAUGUCUACAGCAGGAUGGAUCCUGUGUCUCUGGAGAAUAUGCUUUCAGAAGACUUGGUGGCGUUUGAGCAUCAGUGGACAAGCUUCUUUGCUAAUUUUGACACAGAAAUCCCUUUCCUGCUGGAACUUUCAGAAUCUCAGGCCGGUGAGCCAUUCAGAAGCUACUUCAGUCAUGGAAUGAUCUCCAGCCAUAUUACUGAAAACAGCCCUCAUCGACAGCCAUUUGUUCUCUUUGGUAACCACUCUACACGAGACAACCUGAGUGCUGGCAGCUUUAACUUUCCUUCUGAGGGGCACCUGGUGCGAAACACUGGUCCUGCGGGGAGCUUUGCCAAACACAUGGUUGCUCAGUGUGUCUCACCCAAGGGACCUUUGGCAUGUUCAAGGACAUACUUUUUUGGCGCUACUCAUGUUCCUUACUUGGGCGAUGACGACAAGCUGCCCAGGACAACUGAACAAAUUAGGCUCUUAUCCCAGAUAUAUGCUGCUGUUAUUGAGGCUGUUUUGGCUGGCAUUGCAUGUUAUGCUAAAACUUACAGUCUGGCAAAGGCCAAGGAGGUAGCAGAACAUACUCUGGAAUCUGGGCUAGUGGUCACUGAGUUGGCUCCAUUUAAAGCCGAUCUACGCUCUAAGGUGGCUUUUCAUAUACAUGCUGUGAAUAACCAGGGAAGAAUUGUGCCUCUGGAUAAUGAAGAUAGCUUAUCCUUUGUAAAAACGGCUUGUAUGACCAUCUAUGACAUUCCUGACCUGCUGGGAAGAGGAGGAGGAUGCUUAGGAUCUGUGGUCUUCUCAGAAUCAUUUUUGACGUCUCGGAUCCUGGUUAGGGAAAAGGGUGGCACUAUUACCCCAGAAACCAGCUACAUCAUCCUGACAGCGGCCAUCCCCAGAUUCUCUUCCUGGUUGGUAGAAGAUAAUGAAAUAAAAUUGUCUGAGAAAGCCCUGCAAGCAACAAGGGGGGACGAGUGUUUCUUGGGCACAUUGCUAACAGGAGGAAAAGGAGCAUAUCUUUAUUCCAGCAGUCCACAGUCGGGGCCUGAGGAAGGGAAUGUGCAUUUCUUCUCUGGUGGCCUUCUGUUUUCUCACCGUCAUCAUGGAAGUAUCGUCAUUUCCAAGGAUCACAUGAAUUCUGUGUCCUUCUACGAUGGGGACUCCACCAGCAUAGUGGCUGCCCUUCUCAUCAACUUCAGAGGCUCACUGCUUCCUCAUCUCCCAGUUCAGUUCCAUGGAUCGAGCAAUUUCCUGAUGAUUGCCCUUUUCCCCAAAUCAAAGAUCUAUCAAGCCUUUUACUCAGAGGUCUUCUCCCCCUGGCAACAGCAGGAUAACUCAGGGCUUUCUUUAAAAGUGAUCCAGGAAGAUGGAUUAUCUGUGGAACAAAAGAGAUUGCAUUCCUGGGCACAGAAGCUCUUCAGUGCCUUGAGCUAUCCUGCAGAGGAGUGGAGCUCUCCCAAGCUGCUUUCGGCCAAACUCCCUGAGUUGGAACGGUUCCUCCACCACUUUGCUGUGGGCAGCGUUGGUCAGGAGCCUGUGAUGAGGACCCAUCUUCCAGGCCUGCUGCAGCAAGCUGAAAUCAGCCCUGCUCACGGAUUAGAAAGUGACAAGGUCAUCAUCAGCAUUAUAGCUGGUCUCCCUGGGUGCCACGCUAACAAGCUCUGUGCUUUCCUGGUCACUCUUCAUAAGGAGUAUGGCAGAUGGAUGGUAUACCGACAAAUCAUGGACAGCUCUGAAUGUUUCCAUGCUGCCCACUUCCAAAAAUACCUUUCCAGUGCCCUGGAGGCCCAGCAGAACCGCUCUGCCCGCCAGUCAGCUUACAUCCGCAAGAAGACCAGACUGCUGGUGGUAUUACAAGGGUGAGUGAACUCCAUAACUGCUUCAGCCUUGGGUCUUCAGAGCUCUCCCACUCAGCCGCUUAGCGCCUACUUCACCAUUGGUGCCGUCACCGUGUGUGUGGAGCCCCUGAGCUGCAACAUGGAGCACAGAUUUCUCUUUCCCAAAUGUCUUGACCAGUGUUCACAAGGCCUGGUGAAUAAUGUGGUGUUUACCAGUCACACGGUGGAACAGAGGCACCCUCUCCUUGUUCAGCUGCAGACCCUCAUCAGGGCUACCAAUCCUACUGCAGCCUUCAUUCUUGCAGAAAAUGGGAUUGUUACAAGGAAUGAAGACAUUGAGCUGAUUCUCUCAGAAAACAGUUUUUCAAAUCCCCAGAUGCUACACUCUCGAUACUUAAUGUUUCCUGGCUGGUAUGAAGGCAAAUUUGAUUCUGGAUCUGUCUUUCCACUAAUGGUUCAGAUCUGCGUAUGGUUUGACCGUCCUCUGGAAAGAACUCGCUUUGUGACCAAGUGUAAAGCCAUUCAGUCUUCCAUCAAGCCAAGUCCCUUCUCUGGAAAUAUCUACCACAUCCUUGGCAAAGUGAAGUUUUCAGAUUCUGAAAAGACCAUGGAGGUCUGUCACAACACUUUAACGAACUCCCUGAGCAUUAUGCCAGUUUUGGAGGGACCCACUCCACCCCCCAACUCAAGAAGCACACCUCAAGACAGUGGGCAGCCAGAAUGCUACCUUGUGUUCAUCGGCUGUUCCCUGAAGGAGGACAGCCUCAAGGACUGGCUUCGACAGUCAGCUAAGCAGAGGCCUCAGAGGAAAGCUCUGAAAACCAGGGGAAUGCUGACCCAGCAGGAGAUCAAGACCAUCCAUGUGAAACGCCACUUGGAUCCCCUUCCUGCAGGCUACUUUUACAAUGGCACCCAAUUUGUUAACUUCUUUGGGGACAAGACCGAUUUUCACCCACUAAUGGACCAGUUCAUGAAUGAUUAUGUGGAAGAGGCCAAUCGGGAGAUUGAGAGGUACAACCGUGAGCUGGAGCAGCAGGAAUACCGUGACCUCUUUGAGCAGAAGCCCUAAAGAAAGCUGUGCCUGUGCCCAAUAGAGAUGAAUGAAUGAAUGGGUGUCCAUCUUUCCUAGGAGGCCCCUCCUGAAGGGGCUGUCUCUGUCCUCCCUGGCCUGUGCCUGCCAGAGUAGUACAUGUCGUCUUUAUUCUCUCUUCUCUCUGCACCCUAACUGAGUGGGGCCUGUGCACAGGGUGAGCAGCUCUGAGGAGAAGCCUUUGGCUUACACAGUGAAGCUGUUGGGAUACAGAAAGAGCCCUGGUUUCCUAAGCAGUGGCCAGGCAGACAUCCACAAUGCCUUCUAGAUGAGAGCACUUUUGUGGGAUGAAUGAAAGCAAGAUAGGAUGCUUUCUUCGAGUGUGAGGCCCCUGCAUUAAUAGCAGCACUCCCGGGGUUGGUUCUAGAGAGCCGCUGUGGCAUCGCUUGGUUCUCUGAUUCAGAGACAAGAGCAGGCCUGCUGCCUAAACCCUGGCAGUGCCUCACCUUCCCGCCAAGGUGAAUAUCCUGCAACUGGUUAGUCUUGGGCCCAGGGUCUAAUCGUUUGGGGGCUGUUGGUCUCUGACACCCAGCUUCAUCACCCCCUGUCAUGGAAGGCAAUACAUUUCAGAAAACCUCAUCUGAAACUGCCCCUGGAUUUGUUUACUUGGUUCCUGAGGACCAGGAAUUUCAAGAAUUCUGAUAUCUAAAUUAGAAUCCCCUCCAGUGUUUUUUUUUUUUUUAGAUUGGACCGUACUACAAAGGUAAACUAAUUUGCAUCCCAAGACUGACCUUCCUAAUUAGAGUGAGGAGCAAGGUCACUAAAGGUGACAUCUGCUAGGAUGUGAGUGCCUCUGCUGCUUGGACUAUGACCGUUUUCUGAGUUUCUUGGACUUUUCUGCAUGCUGAGAAAGAAGCACAUAGGUAAAGCCAGUGUCGCGUUCUGUAAUGUAGAGAGGCUUUUGAGGGCCCUGGCACAGCGGAGAGGUAGAUGGAGCAUAUGAGGCCAUGGGCAAAAAGCAAAAUAAUAAUCAAGGCUUGUCAGUAAAAUAUACUUUUAUUAGGAAGAAAAUAUUUGAACCAAACAAGCCAAAUUACAAGUAGCAUUUGAAUAAGAAUUCUUGCAUUAAGAAAAGCUUGUGAGAAAGGCCCAUAUGCUCUAAUCCCAGCUCCAAAAUACACUGGUGGCAAGGCCCUCCUGUUGAGCUCCAGUCUGGAAAUCCCUGACUUCUGGCUGGGGUUCAGUAGCAUAGAUCUUAAGUGCAAUUGAUUAAUAAGCAAUGAGUUAUCUUCACCAAGCUCUUUUUAAAAACUAAAAUUUGAGCUAGCAGCCUUAGAAAAGGGAAAGGGGGACCACAAAGCUAUUUCAUUUCCUUUAGGGGGGUGGGGGGAGAACUACAGGCCAUUUCAUUUCCUGCAGGGUUACUGUGAAGUUUUCAGUGGAAGCUCUAGAUUAAGAGCUCUGGCUGCUUUGGCCUGGCAGUCUGGCUGCUGCACAAAAAGGUUUUUAAAGAGGGGUUGGGGCCACGCUGUGUGGUGAACUUGGUUUUUGACCAUUGUCCAUAGAAAUGUGCUUUCACCAACCUGCCCCACUGCCCCUGUUCCUCUCAUCAGAGGGAAAACUGAUUACCUCAACGUGAAUAUAAAACUGUGGGUUUGAAUAAAAGGCAGAAUAUUCAGAAGUUCUUUGCCAGUUGAAGCCUCCGUAGAUGUUCCCAGCCUGCUUGGGAGUCUGUAGGGGCCCAGCAACCACACACUGUGAGUUCUUUGAGGACCAGGAGAGGACCAGGCUUCUCCUGGGCUGUUCCCUACAACCUGUGGGUCUCUUGACUUUGACAGUGGGAUUUGACAUCCACUUUGACCUUUGAGUCAAACAGUGUGGUCUGAGGCUGUCUCAUGAGGAAAAGCCAUGGCGCUGUUUCAGCCCCUGAUCUUAGAAGUGGAUAGCAGGGACCCAGCAAGGAUUUUAGGGAUCAGUUCCCAGGAUAGGCAAAGUCCUCCAGGGGCUUGUGUGCUUCCCACCAGCUUUCCUGUUAGCAGCUUCAGUUUUUAUCACCAGAGUGAGUGUGAUAGUGGUGAAGUCACUGAAGUUAUGGGUUGUUUUGUUUUAAUGUGGGAUUUCCCCUUGUUGACUGGAGGGAGGAAGCAAAUAUUGGAGCCAGGUUGGCCCAACCAAGCCCUCAGGCCCUUUGACCUGAGGCCUGAACACUAGCCCUUUAGGCUGUGAUCAGUACAAAUAUCCCUCCUAAAUCCUGUUAGGAUUUUGGAGAAUUUUUGCACAGUAAUAAGCUCUGGCUUCUCAAAAGGGAAACUUUCAACUCAAAGACUAAACUGUUAAGUAUUCCAGCUGUGCUGCUAACUAGUUGAUAGCUGUACCUCAAAAACUGGUGGGAAGUGACUUUCUCACUGUCCCUCAGUCAGAUACUAAUGGAAGAGCUCGCUUACGUGCCAAAAUUCACUUUUAUACUAGUUUUUCAAUGCUUUAAUAUUUGUAACUUAAAUUUUAAAAAUUCAUAUUUACAAACACUACUAUAACUUCAGUGAAACUGAACUGUGUGAUUGAAGCUUUUUGCUUAUUAUAGUAUUUAUUACACUACUUAAUUCAGUAAAUAUAUAAAAGUAGCCUUCAAUUUAUUUUUAUAUUAUUUUACAUGUUUUUACCUGCAGUUGUGUCUGUGAAUUUCCCUUGGAGAUUAAGAUGUAAUGCUAAGGACCAAUAAACUGUCACUCAACAA